UAUAAUAAAGACAUGGAAAUGUCAUCGCAGAAGGUUCAACACUUGAUCGACUUCAUUAAAAAAAAUUGUAAGCUUAAAAAUGUUGACGCGACACGUCGGAAGUUAGAAAAGUUAGUGAAAGAUGGUCAUGAAAACUUACAAAUUGUUUGUGAUUUUGAUGCUACAAUGACACGUUAUUUUACUUUGAAUCGUGAACGAAACCCAGGCUCACAUAAGAUAUUGUCUUCAAGUUCUCGUUUAACCGAAGAAUUCAAAAAGGAAACGGACGAAUUAUGUGAAAUUUAUUAUCCAAUAGAAAUGGAUAAAACAUUGACAAAAGAAGAGAAAACACCUUUCAUGAUCGAAUGGUGGACAAAGGCUCAUGAACUUUUAAUAGGUCAACGUAUCAAUAAAAACGAUAUAAAAGAGAUGGUGGCAGAAACUCCAGUAGAAAUGAGGCCAGGAUUGGAUGUCAUUGAACAAGUCCUUGUCACAAAGAACCUUUAUUAUCCUAAUAAUAUGCAUAUCGUAUCUAAUCAAAUGGGAUUUAAUCCUGAAACAGGAAUAUGUGACCAUUUUAAAAUACCUCUGAUUCACAUAUUCAACAAAAGUGAGAUCAUGAUUAAGGAAGGUCCUUAUCACACCAUUAUCGAAAAUCGCGGGAAC